AUGAAGAUCCAAGGCCGAACAUUUGUCAUUUCUGGAGGUGCUUCCGGCUUGGGCCAGGCAUGCGUUGAAGAUAUAUGCGCCAAUGGCGGCAAUGUGGCCAUUCUCGACAUGAACGAGGAGAACGGACAAGAACUAGUCAAGAAAUUGGGUUCAUCCGCCAAAUUCUUUGAAUGCAAUGUGUUGGAGACAGAGAGCGUUACCAAGGCUGUCCAAGGUGCCGCACAAUGGGCCAAAGAGACCGGGAAGCCUCUUGGAGGUGUGAUUGCUGCAGCUGGUGUAUCAACUCCUGCGACGAUGCUCGACCGUAAUGGUGCGGCGUUCAGCCUCGAUGACUUUGACUUUGUGAUCAAUGUCAACCUCCGCGGCACAAUCGACCUCGUGCGUCAGACUCUCGAGCAUCUUGCAAAGGUAGAGCCCGAGGGAUCUGAUGGCGAGCGAGGCGUUGUCAUCAUGGUGGCUUCAUCAGCAGCCUUUGAUGGCCAAAAGGGUCAGGUCUCUUAUUCUGCCAGUAAAGGCGCCGUGACAGCCAUGACACUUCCCAUGGCACGAGAUCUUGCUCGAUAUGGUAUCCGAGUCGUGACCAUUGCGCCUAGUCUGUUCGACAGCCGAAUGACGAGUGUGAUGCCCGAGAAGGUCAAGAAGAGCCUUGAGGGCGCGAUGGAGUUUCCCAAGAGAGCUGGUCAGCCUAAGGAGUUUGCGCAAUUGGCGCGACAGGGAAUUGAAAAUGUCAUGUUGAAUGGUGUUGUCAUUAGAUUGGAUGGUGCUAUGAGAAUGCCCAGCAAAAUCUGUAUCAUCAUAACCACCAACCCAUUUGCGACUUUAACAAUGGCUCCAACUAAAGUGGCAAUCUUGGACGACUACCAAGGGGUUGCUGACCCCUUUUUCAAGAAACUCGACCCAUCCAAGUAUGAAGUUGUGUCUAUCAAGGAUACGUUGCUGCCUUACAACCACCCAGACAGCUCACAAUCGAACAAGGAUGCUUUAGUUGAGAGAUUCAAGCCCUUCGAUGUUAUCUGCACGAUGAGGGAGCGCACACCCUUCCCACGAGAGUUGAUCGAGCAACUCCCUUCUCUCAAGCUUCUCCUCACCACAGCAUUUCGCAACAGAUCCCUGGACCUAGAUACCCUCAAAGAACGAGGGAUCCCAGUUGCCGGAACAGUUGAUAAGCCCCGGAGCGGCAAGCCGGUCCUCGCUGGCACGGGCAGCACCACUCAACACUGCGUCACUCUCAUCCUCUCGCUCGCUCGAGGCAUCGCCAGGGAUGACGCUGCUGUCAAGGAGGGCCUGUGGCAAACCGGUCUCGCGACUGAUCUCUCAGGUAAAACUUUGGGUGUCCUCGGCCUCGGGAGAUUGGGAAGCGCAGUCGCGAGGAUUCUCAACGUCGCAUUGGGUAUGAAGAUUAUCGCGUGGAGCAGCAACCUCACACAGGAGGCGGCAGAUGAGAAGGCCAGGGAAGCCGGUCUUCCUGUUGAGGAUGGGGAGGGUGAGAAGACGUACAAAGUGGUAAGCCGAGACGAAUUCUUCAGAACUGCCGACGUGGUGUCUGUCCACCUUGUCCUGUCUGAUAGGACACGCGGCAUAGUCAACAAGGAGGACUUGGCAAAGAUGAAGUCGACAGCCUUGUUUGUCAAUACCUCUCGCGGCCCCCUCGUCGUGGAGAGGGAUCUUCUCGACCAUCUCAAGGCUGGCCGUAUCAGGGGCGCAGCUGUCGACGUCUUUGAGCCGGAACCUCUCCCCGCCGACAGUGAGUGGCGCAACAAGAACUGGGGUCGCGAUGGAUCAAGUCAGGUUCUGGUCACCCCUCACAUGGGCUAUUGCGAGGAGGACACCAUCAAGUCGUGGUAUGAGCAACAGGUUGAGAACAUUGAGCGAUGGGCUGCCAACGAGCCGCUACACAACGUAUUCACCUAG